GCAACGUCGGGCGGGGUCAGUACUUGGAUGGGUGACCGUUUUUAUAGAUAAUGUUACGGAAACCUUCCUGUGCGAGUCCGACUCGCACUUGGCCGGUUUUUUUAUUUUUACCUUUAGAUGUUUAAAUAUAAUUCAAUUUCACUGUUCGUACUAAGGCAAUAACUUUUUAUGACUCUUUCAACACGGCUUGCCCAAUAUGGAUUUACAAUCAGGUGUGAUUCCGUAGGUAGACGUUGUGAAAUGAUGAGAAUAUGUGGGUUAUUGUGCUUGAUAUUCUUCACUGGGAGUAUAGAUGGCGCGAAGGAAAAGCUGGAAUUUUCGGGCCCCAUAACGGCUGCAGUCCCAGAAGAUCUACGCCGACACCGAAAAGCUGACUUACAACUAUCCAAUGACUCACAGCGACCCAAACCCGACGCACAGAGCCCUCAACCCGACGCACAGCGUUCCCAACCCGAGUUGAAGAGUCUCCAAAUAUCGAUGAAACGUCACAAGCCCGACUCGAAGCGUCACCAAAUUGACUUACAGCGUUACCAAGAUAUGCUGGCGCGGGAUCACCCCUCACACAACAGCAGCCGCCGUCGCCCAAACAAGAAGGACUUCGGUCGCAUCCGCAACCUCCACGACGUGCAGUAUGAAGUUAACAGCCAGUACAUCCGCAGCGGGAACCUGACGGACACGAUCAACUACCCGUACAUGGCGGCCGUGAUGAUCAACGGAAGGCUGUGGUGCGCCGGCGCCAUUGUCGACGUCGGCUGGGUGCUCACGGCGGCACAUUGUCUCAAUUAUGUGUUAUCAGUGCUCUCCGUGAAGCAACUCAAUCGCUACGUAAAAGUCCGCGUCGGCAGCGUGAAACCCCACGAGGGCGGGGAGCUGGUGGACGUCACCGGUGCCGUGAGGCAUCCUAAGUUUGAGGAGGAGCCGGUGCCCCAUGCUGACGUCGCACUGUUGAAGCUACAGAACAACCUUGAAUUCUCGAAAUACGUAAACUUGAUUCGGAUCUAUGACGGAGCCCGCGAGCCGUAUGCGCAGAGCUUCGUCACCGUGGCAGGAUGGGGGGCCACCUCAGGUUCAGAAACAGCGUUCCGCGAGCAGACGUCCAACUUGCUCGUGGCCAGGCUGAAGGUCCGCACUCACAAUUACUGCGAGGAUGCCUACCAGCUGGUGAACGGCUUCCAGUUUGGUGAAGACAUGUUCUGUGCGUCUCUGAGGAACGGGACCAGGGAUGCUUGUCUGUUUGAUGCAGGCGCUCCAGCGGUACAACACAAUGCACUAAUGGGCAUUAUGAGCUUCGGACCAGAGCGCUGUGGAGGCAUGCAGCCUGCGGUCUUCAUCAAGGCUCUAUACUUCAGGGAUUUCGUGAAACACACCAUAGUCGGGUACAAGUCGACCAGCGAACUAAUCGAUGCCAUGAAAGAAGCGGAAAGCGCUCCGCGCCCGCCUCUGAUGGAUAUUCCAUAAGCGCAUAGCAGACUACGUACUUUAGUUUGAAUGUUAUAAUAAUAAACCUGAGCGGAGUUUACUAUGGAGUCGAAA